AUGAUGUUGGGAAGCAACUGCCUACUGAAAACCGUCAGUUCAGAUGACGAUUCUUCAAAUCCGUCCAGCAGUGAUCGGGCAGCACCAGGUAUCAAAUCACGACUGUCAGAGAAUGUGGGCGAACAUGAUAACGACGACAAUUACGACACUAGCAGACAGAGUAAUUCUUCUGAGUCUAGCAAAAAAAGUCAUGAUGGCGACAACAAAAUCGAAUAUUGUCAAGCACAGACUGUCAGUAAUGAUGGUUUGGUCGUUGUUGUGGGUGAUCAUUCUGACCAGUUGGAUGAAGGCGAUGUGGAUUUGGAUUUAGUGGUGCGAGAUGAAUGCAACGAAACGCAUGAAGAGACAUCAGAACCAUCCCGCUGUAAUUCGGUACCUUUGGUGAAAAAAGAAGAUAUGUCAACAUAUAAAAGAGCACAUUCGAUAGAAUCAUAUAAAUAUAAGCGAUCUGAUGCAGUCAUUUGUGCAGAAUCAGUCGAAAUAGAAUGUUUGAUGCAUCGUGCACAAUUUUUUCUGGCACGAGCGUGCGAAGAAAAUAUCAAGUUGGCGAUGGAAACUUCAUUGUGGACAACCCAUCCAUUCGUCGAAAAGCUUUUGGCAGAAGCAUAUCGGCGAGCUCCGGUUGUGAUACUUGUUUUUCUUGCACGAAAUGCGGAUCAUUUUGCCGGUUUUGCUCGGAUGUGUUCGGAAGCGCUAUACAGAAGUCAGCCAGCAAUGAGAUGGGUUGAUUUCAAAGGCGGUGGUAACAUUAAACUGCAAUGGAUUACAAAGUGUCCGCUUGCACUUAGCGCAAGUGACCAUAUUAAGAAUCCAUUCAAUAAAGAAAAAGUGAUAUAUGCUGCUUCUGAUGGUUGUGAGAUACAGCGUGCUGCGGGUCAGCGACUCUGCAGCUUAUUUCCAUUUGAUGAUAGUGUUGAUUUGAAAACACUGAAACUGAAAAUUCGAGACAAUUCACAAAAACUGCCAUCUUUAUUGGAAACUGAAAUAUCCUAUUUAGAAUUCAGAAAUGCUAAGAGAAAUUUGCCGAUAAAGAAAACUUUGAAAGAGUUAUUGAGGGAAGGUCGACCUCCUGCUAUGUUGUUAUCUUCAAGCAGACAUGGUAGCCGUAGCAGAAUGAAUUGUGGAACGGAAAGCUAUAGUGCUUCUCGAGUGCUUCCCCUUAUGGAUGUUGCGGUUUCGUAUCCUUCACAUAACAAUUCUCGUUUGUCGUCAUCCCUGAGAAAACGUCGGCCAUCGCCAAAAAGGUUGUCGCCGAAGCGCCGUCCUUUAAUACGGAGGCAUCGUCAUCAUUCCAAGUCAGCAGAUCAUGAGAAAAAACAUAGCUCAGAACGAUCAUCAGGACACAAAUAUGAUUCCUAUUCGGCUCACAAUUCAUGUAAAAGUAAUUGGCGUGACAGUUCUCAUGAAGGGCAUGAAUUAUUUCGAAGACAUUCAAGUCGUCAUCGGUAUUGA